AUGCGACCGCGAACCGACGAGUACUGCGGCCUCGUUCCCGAGCGCGUCCUCGUUCCCGAGCGCGUCCUCGUUCCCGAGCGCGUCCUCGUUCCCGAGCGCGUCCUCGUUCCCGAGCGCGUCCUCGUUCCCGAGCGCGUCCUCGUUCCCGAGCGCGUCCUCGUUCCCGAGCGCGUCCUCGUCACGCCUGCCUCCACCCCCGUCACCACCACCCUAUCGGCUCCGGACGAGCUCCAGCACUGCGGCCUGGACCACCCCCUUGGCCACUAUGGCUCGCCUCCGUCUCCACCGCGGUCGCUCCAGGACCAGAUGCAUGUCGCUUACGCCUUGGACAACAUGCACCUCGCCAACAUCCUUCCGCUCAAGCUUGCUCAAACUCCGAUUGUCACGCCCGAACGUCGCCAUUGGCGUGGGGAUACAAUCGGGACAGCUUCAUCCAGCACCGGAGGGCUUCCCGAGGCCGCCCGCCUGCUUCUGUGUCUUUCGCGGCCUGCUUGGGAGUCUGCGACCGCGCGCCAAUGUCUGUCGGUAUCGGCCACCCCCGAAACAAAACCCCCAACCGCCGCCGCCGCCGCCGCCGCCGCCGCCAUAACGCACAAGGCGGCGAACCAGAACACGGACGAGCAGCAGCGUGGGCGACUUGAAGCACCUACGCCAGACGUCAAGAGCACGGAUGGGAAGAUGCAGACGACGUGGAGCCGUGCAGCGCCGCAUACUAGGCCGCCGCAGGACCCGGCGUGCAUCCCGUUCUUCGUGCAUCACUUCUGCAGCCUGCCCGACCUGAUCGAGCCAACGGCGCCGCACGAGCCAGUGGGGAUCGACUCGAAGACGAGGACGUUCGAGAUGCCGGUGCACCCGCCGCGCCGCUGA